UCUCAUGCACUAUGUGUAAACAAAUUGAAAUAAAAGUUUAGAUAAAUAAUUACUUGGUAAAAAUAUUAUUUUCAAUCAUGGAUAGAUUUGAGUAUAUGGAAGCUCGCCUUUUCGAGGGUGAAAACUAUCUUAAGCGUGAUAAAAACGUGAAAAUAUACGAUGGUGACGACAAGACACAGUUUAUUGAUGGGGAAGUGGUAUUAACAACUCAUAGAAUACUGUGGGGUAAGCCAGGUGAUAUACCAAAAGGACUUGUAUGUUUAUCUCUUCAUUUGUACUAUGUUUUCUUCAUUGAAGAAGAGAGUGGAGGUGUAUUUGGUCUUGGCGGCCCAAAACGGAUAAUACUGAAUCUAUCCCCAGCACUUCCAGGUAAAAGACCUGGUCCAGCUGUAGUAAGCACAUACCACUUCAUCAAGCUGUCAUUCAAGGAUGGCAUUGAUCCUGCAUUCUACAAAGCCUUACAAGAUGCCAUAGCUUCAAAAGCCUGGGAGAGACCAACUCCCAUAUCAUCUCCGAUGAGCUCCUCAAGUCCCAGUUCUACUCCUAGACCAUCUGUGACUCCAGUGAACUCUAAAAUUAGGUCUGGAAUUGUUGGUAUUGAGAGAAGCAUUGAAGAACAGCACAGAGCCACUGACCAAAGUAUAAGUGUGGCUUUUAAGGACUUAACUAAGCUUAUGGAAAAAGCUAAAGAUAUGGUUGCCAUAUCAAAAAAUAUAUCUACUAAAAUCAGGGAAAAGCAAGGUGAUAUCUCUGAAGAUGACACAGUGAGGUUCAAAUCUUACCUGAUGAGUCUGGGUAUUGAUGAUCCAGUGACUAGAGACACUUUUAGGUCAGACUCCGACUACUACAUGGGUCUUUCACAACAGAUUUCUGAUAUGAUGGUUGCUGUGUUGAUGGAAUGUGGAGGUAUUAUGUCAUUAGCUGAUGUAUGGUGCAGAGUAAACAGAGCCAGAGGCCUAGAACUUAUCUCUCCUGAGGAUUUAUUGAAUGCUUGCAAAUUAUUACAAACGAUCGGAGCCCCGAUGUCACUUCGCAAGUUUCCUAGCGGCGCCUGCGUGAUUCAGCUAAACGGUCACAGGGAUGAAGAAGUAGCCAAAACUACAAGUGAAAUGCUGGAAGACAAUAAUUACCUCACUCCAGUGAAGCUGUCGCAGAUCGCAAACGUAUCCGUCCUCCUUGCACGCGAGCACCUGCUCAUCACAGAACGCUUAGGGCUAGCGUGUCGUGAUGAAUCCAUUGAGGGAUUAGCUUUCUAUCCUAAUUUGUUUUUGAAACAGGCUUCUUAAUAUUCAUAUUUAUAUUACCAUGUUAAAUAGUUUCUAAUAAAAAUACAGAAAAUUCAUGAUGGUUGUUACUGUUUAAGUUUAUACAUAUAUGUAGGUAUGUAUUUAUUCUUUUGCUUUUUAAAUCAUCGCUAAGCGAUCUUUUUUGUAUAGCCCGAAGGUUAACUGGCAGAGAAAACCUUAUUUUAUUUUUCUUUGAACUCUUACAGCGCCAUCUAGUGUCAAACUUGUUUUGUGAACUUUGUACAACUUCAUAUCAAAAUUAUAUUCCGGGACCGAAUCCGCGUCUUCCGUAAAAUAAAAAGCUCGGUAGUUCAAUCACCUAUCAAACCGCCGAAAAGAACUUAUAAGAAUAAUAUUAAUGGAAGUAAUAGAAAUAAUAGAACAAGUUAAGCGCAGAAUGUGAUUUAUUAUGAAUAGCAAGGCGUCCUAACUUCACAAAAGCUUUUAGCUAUUGUUAUAUUUAUGUGAAAAGUUAAAAAUCUUCAUACCAUUUGUAAACCAUCUCACAAAAAUAUAUCCAUCUUAUAUUUUGGUUACAUUGUACCAACAUGCCUUACUAAAUUACUAUAAUGGGUUCCUUAAAAAUUACAUUAAGUAGAAAGGUAUGAAAUGUAUCAAUUGAUUAAUUAUUUUUUUGCAAUAAACCCUACUUCUCUAAUACAAAGCUUUGUUUCAUAUUAUAAUACUGUUACGAAUUUUAUCAAACUUAUACAAAAAUACAUAAUAUUUGCACUGGCUGAUCACA